GUGACCUUCCCAGCGGCCGGUAACUUCGCUCGUAGCGUACCUUCCACAACCACCUCUCAUGCCUCUCUCGUAUACUUGCUCAGUGGCUCAAAGCGGAGACGAUUACUGAUGCGAGCCUUGAGCGUUCUGAGCCACGCUUUGACGCCUCUCGGCCAAGCGCUCUCUGCCUUUCGGGUCGUAGUCCUCAUAGGCAAGCAUUCAGAAAGGACGAUCCGGAUCUCAUGUCACUAUCACCUUAUGGUGCUCUCCAGCAUAGCAAGCCCACUGAGGAAGGACGCGAGAGAUGAUGGGGUGACAGAUGUCGAAGAGGGGGUUUCAAAAUGCCACAAAUGACGGGAGCAUAUUCAAAAUCAC